AUGGCAAUGCUGGAUGCUGGGGCAACUGCCACAGCGAGCUCCUCGAUGCAUCCCCGUGGUCCCACCCCUGCCUUGGAACCACAGGCAUGCCUGCCCCAUGCCGCUCGCCUGUUUGCCGGUCCCACUACACAAGGGUCUGCACGUGAACACGUGCUCAUCGAGCCAUUGACCAGGACUCCAGCUGCACAGUAUGCUGAAGUAUGGCGUGCAGACGAGCCCUGUGACACAUGCGUGAAGGAGGGCAUUCUGUGUUGGUGGGACGCCUGUGGCCACACAUGCCAGAAGUGCGCCAAGUUGCACAUGCUGUGUUACCUCGGGUUCAAGAAUGACCCGCCAAUGCCACAGCCCACGUUGACAUAUAUUGGUAUUCCCGGGUCGUCAUCUGACCUCGCCAUCCUGAUGGGCUGGCCACUGUAUGGCCCAGCCAACCUGAAUGAUGACCUGCUGCCCGCAGACCUCAACCUGGAUAUGCACCGCCCUAUGCGGCGAAUUGAAGAGCCCGCACCUGCUCAAAAAUGCAUCCAGGGCAUGCAAGCUGAAGACCCAAUGCAGAAGCGUGCUCGCACCAAGCCCGCACCACCACCCAUGCUCGCCUUCACUGCAUGCAGCAUUAUGCACUGCUCCCGCACCCGCACUUCAUCCGAAUAUGGUGAAGUCGUGUGUCCCGGCACUUCGACCACAGUUCGAGAAUGCUCGAGCAGCAGCAUGACCAUGCAGAGCUCGCCCGCAUUCUCCAACCUUACGAGCGAGCCAGAAAGUGAGGAGAAUGAGGCAGCCACUUCCCCCAUCCCAUCCCGCAAAGCAAAAGGCAAGGCCCGGGUGAUGACCCCUUCAGACAAGGAGUCAGAUGAGGAGAACGCAUCAUAUGUGGUGCAGGGACUUGCCCGUCUAAUUGAUCACUUCUCCGCGGCUGCCACUUCGUGUCUUCUGGAGGCACGGGACAAGUUUUUAUCCCAACUCCGUAUUCUGGAAAGUCUGUGGCUCGACCUGCAGGACUACAUCGCCAUUGAAGCCUCCCUAGGGGAACCCUUGCCGUCUCCGCUCGGGUGGUCUGCCCUUCGUCAACCGAUAGUGCUGUUUCAUCUGUGGAGAGCCUGA